AUGUAUUAUAAGGCCCUCCACUCCACUUUUGUGCAACAGCUGCUGCUGAGCAGCCAUUUGGUUGCAACCAAAGGAUAUGGUCAACUCCCUGCUCUUGACACUUCAUCUUUGGCAAAGUAUGGUGUUGCUGGUGCUCUUGGACUUUGUGCUGCUGCACUCUCAUGUGGCUUAAACCUCAUUAGAUCUGGAGAUGUCAAGCUAAAGUCCCCCAUCAAUGUUGAAGAUGGUAUUGCCACAGUGGCAAUGAGACCAGAAUUGGGGAGCCCCAAUGAGGAAGUUCACUGGGGUCACCAAAAGAAGAUCUAUUGCUCAGCUUCACUUGCAAUUGGGCAGGAACUUGACCCCAAGCUGUUGAGUGAUGCAGGAUCUGACAAUGAGUAUGCACUUAUCUAUCUCCCCAACUGCUAUUCCUAG